GAUACAGAUCAGAUGGUGACUGAAUAGAAGCUGCCCCAGUCCUGGGUUCAUGAUGUACGCACCUGUUGAAUUUUCAGAAGCUGAAUUCUCACGACUUGAAUAUCAAAGAAAACAGCAAUUUUGGGACUCAGUACGUCUAGCUCUUUUCACAUUGGCAAUUGUAGCAAUCAUAGGAAUUGCAAUUGGUAUUGUUACUUAUUUUGUUGUUGAGGAUGAUAAGUCUUUCUAUUACCUUGCCUCUUUUAAAGUCACAAAUAUCAAAUACAAAGAAAAUUAUGGCAUGAGAUCUUCAAGAGAGUUUAUAGAAAGGAGUCAUCAGAUUGAAAGGAUGAUAUCUAGGAUAUUUCGACAUUCUUCUGUAGACGGUCGAUUUAUCAAAUCUCAUGUUAUCAAAUUAAGUCCAGAUGAACAAGGUGUGGACAUUCUUACAGUGCUCAUGUUUCGAUACCCAUCUACUGAUAGUGUUGAACAAAUCAAGAAAAAAAUUGAAAAGGCUUUAUAUCAAAGUUUGAAGACCAAACAGUUGUCUUUGACCAUAAACAAAUCAUCAUUUAGACUCACACCGAUUGACAGCAGAAAGAUGAGGAAUCUUCUCAACAGUCGCUGUGGAAUAAGGAUGACAUCUUCAAACAUGCCAUUACCAGCAUCCUCUUCUACUCAAAGAAUUGUCCAAGGAAGGGAAACAGCUAUGGAAGGGGAAUGGCCGUGGCAGGCCAGCCUCCAGCUCAUAGGGUCAGGUCAUCAGUGUGGAGCCAGCCUCAUCAGUAAUACAUGGCUGCUCACAGCUGCUCACUGCUUUCGGAGAAAUAAAGACCCAACUCAAUGGAUUGCUACUUUUGGUACAAUUAUAACACCACCCGCAGUGAAACGAAAUUUGAGGAAAAUUAUUCUUCAUGAGAAUUACCAUAGAGAAACAAAUGAAAAUGACAUUGCUUUGGCUCAGCUCACUACUGGAGUUGAGUUUUCAAAUACAGUCCGGAGAGUUUGCCUCCCAGAUUCGUCUAUAAAGUUGCCACCUAAAACAAGCGUGUUUGUCACAGGAUUUGGAUCCAUUGUAGAUGAUGGACCGAUACAAAAUAAACUUCGGCAAGCCAGAGUGGAAACCAUAAGUAGUGAUGUGUGUAACAGAAAGGAUGUGUAUGAUGGCCUGAUAACUCCGGGAAUGUUAUGUGCUGGAUUCAUGGAAGGAAAAAUAGAUGCAUGUAAGGGUGAUUCUGGUGGACCUCUGGUUUAUGAUAAUCAUGACAUCUGGUACAUUGUAGGUAUAGUAAGUUGGGGACAAUCAUGUGCUCUUCCCAAAAAACCUGGGGUCUACACCAGAGUAACUAAGUAUAGAGAUUGGAUUGCCUCAAAGACUGGUAUGUAGUGUGGAUUGUCCUUGAGUUAUACACAUGGCACACGGAGCUGAUACUCCUGAAUAUUUUCUACUGUUUAAAUUAAUGUAGUUUGGAUUAGUGCUUUUGCUAGAUGUCAAGAAACCCUUCAGACCCAGACAAAUCUAAUAUCGUGAGGUGGUCUUUAUGUACAUAAGAUCAAAACUUCUCUACCAUGAGGGAAGAAGACACAGCAAAUGACAGAUAGCACCUAUUCCUUACUCACAAGGGAAACUGCUUGUGAUACUUCCUAAUAAGAUAAAUAAGUGGUUUCCCUCAAUCGAAGACAGGAACAUCGUUUUCCACAAGAUAUGAAGAGCUGCCAGUAAUGCCAAAAUCGUACCUCAUAUAAUACCUGGAGCACCUGAGAUUCUUCUAGUGAAAAAGAGCGAGCAGUGUUCCCUGAAGACUCAGGGAUUCAACAUUUUAGAAUUGAUAAGUGGACCUUCAGUGUGCGAGAACGGAGAAGCAAGGGAUUUACAAUAUGACUUGAACUCUAACCUGGGCUUAUAUCUAAUAAUACAGAGCACUAUCACUAACUUCAACAGCUGACAAUUUAAAAGUUUUUAAAUGUAUCUGAACUUGCUGUUAACACAGUGUUACACACUCAAGCACUAGCUUCAGGAAGCAUGUUGCGUUGUUAAGAAGCAUUUCUGAUUUAUUCUUUAACAGCAUCUUGCCAUCUAUAUGUUAGUUGUAGUUGGCCCAGAAAGGA